GUUACUAACCAUUCCAGUCCUAAGAUGGCGGACCGGCGGCGAAGGAGGAGGCGCGCGUCUCAGGACAGCGAGGACGACGACGAGUCCGGUUCUGGUUCGGACAGCGGAAGGUCGGGUUCUCCCGUGACAAAGGCUCGAGGUCGAGAUCCCGAACCUGUGGAGGUGACAGAGAGCCGGACCGAGGCGAAGAGCGACGUGGAGUCCGAGUGUGAGAGUGAAGAUGGAGCCGGAGAAGCUGUCCUCUCAGAUUAUGACAGUGCUGAUCCGGAGGAAAACCGCUCCCAUUCAGAGGGGGUAGAGGAGGAAGAGGAGGGUUACAGUGAAGAGGAAGCUCCAGCAGCAACCAGUGAGCCCAAACCUUCAGUUGCUGUCGACCCAAAACCGGAGGAGGUGGAAGAGGAAGAGAAGGCUGAGGAGGAAGCAGAAGGACACAGUAAGGAGGAGCCCAAGGGGGAGGACAAGGAAAACCUCACAGGAGAGAGGCAGAGUGGUGAUGGACAGGAGUCCACCAAUGGUCCAGAGACAAAGGCUGGAGGGAAACCAGGUCAGCAGCUUGAUGAUGAUGAAGACAGGAAGAACCCUGCCUACAUCCCAAGGAAGGGACUGUUUUUUGAGCAUGAUGUCCGCGGCCACACUCAGGAGGAAGAGAGACCCAAAGGGCGAAAUAGGAAGCUGUGGAAGGACGAGGGCCGCUGGGAACACGACAAGUUCAGGGAGGAGGAGCAGGCUCCAAAGAGCCGUGAGGAACUCAUUGCUAUUUACGGUUAUGACAUCCGGAAUGGUGGCGGUUCUGGAGACCGAGCGUACAGACAGCAUAGACCCAGACAGAGUUUGUCUCCCAACAAGGACAAACGGUGGAGAGACGGAGGAGGACCGCGGCCGGCCCGAUCCUGGCAGAACCGAGAAGGAGCUGCUCCAACUUCUUCCGCCCCGCCUUCCUCUUCUGCAUUUCCUCCUCUUUCUGCUGGUCAGCGCAUCAUCAACCCUGCCAGACUGUCCACCUCCCGCAACAGGCCUCCCCACCAGAAUCAGACACACUCUUCAUCCCAGUUGGAGUUCAGGAGUUCUGAAUCAUCUCAGGCUCAUGCCAGAGAGCGUCUUGGUCCCAAAGCCCAGUCUGAGCCUGCAGGAGAGAGAGGUUUAGCCAGCAAGGUUGGGCGGGGUCCUGUAGGAAGAGGAGGCUCUGCUGUGGUCAUUGAGGAUGUUUCCGUCAGCCAAGAGGGCGCAGGAGAUGAGGACCUGAGCUCAGUGUCUGCAGCAACAGCUGCUUCCCCGCAGGCAGGUACAUACCGGUCACCCAGGCGGCAGAUGCAGGACCAACGAGGCAUCACAGACAGAUCUGCAUCUGGAUUUACUUCAUCUACAUCUGACCCAGCGUUACAGUCAGCAACAGCCAAUCAGGAGGCAUCUCCUCCCACUGAACGGCAGGUGGAGCGCAAAUCAUACUCACUGGCUCGCAGGACUCGCUCACGACCCUCGGACCUGGGCAGCAAGCAAACCUCCGUGGAGGAGUCCACAUCUGGUGGGAACACCUCCUCCCCCAGCAGUGGGGGAGGAAAGAGCUGGACAGGAGGGGGAGAUGGGUCGAAUCAGGCAGCAGAGGCAGGGCUGGCGGAGCUGGACCAAGACGUGGCUCGACUCAAUCUGACCCGGCAGAACUGGAGUCAGAGUCCGACAUCGUACAUGCGCACAGAAAUGAGAGGUCCGCUGCACAUGGCUGGGUCGCCUCAGUUCCCUAACAUGGAAGAGAUGGGCGUAAGCUCCAGCCGGGCUAAGCGCUACUCGUCUCAACGUCAGAGAGCUGUUCCAGAACCGGCACCAGCCAUGCAUCUAGGAGUGAUGGAGGGACACUACUACGAGCCCAUGUCGUACCAGGGACCAAUCUACACUCACAGUGAUGGUGCUGCCUCCAUCCCACCACAAGGCAUGCUGGUCCAGCCUGACAUGCACAUCCCUCAUCCUGGUCUCCAUCCCCACCAAUCAGCAGGCCCCAUCGCUAACCCAGCUCUCUUCGGAGGCCCCCCUGUUUCGCUGUCUCCAGGGCAACCACAGCAACUGCUGCCACCACCAUUUUAUCCUCCACCAGGGGUCAUGACCUUCCCCUACCCUACCAUUUACCCAACCCCUCAGGGUCAGGCACAGGUGACCUAUGGUGGCGUGACAUAUUACGACACGAUGCAGCAGCAGGCACAGCCCAAACCUUCUCCUCCCCGCCGCACCUCUCAGCCUGUCACAGUCAAGCCCCCCCCUCCAGAGGUGCCCUUUGCCUCAGAGUGACUCCGCCCCCUCACCUCUACCACACCACCCAGACUCAGCCCCUACCUGGCCUGAUGACUACAGAUUGGUCUAUUUGUAGGAGCAGGGUGGGAGUGUCGGAGAGGAGCAGCGGUCCCAAACAGUAAACAGAACCAGUACUGAGGAGGGGGGCAGACGAAGGUGCAGAUGGCCCCACAGCAUCGUAACUGGACCUGGAUUUUUGUUUUUCCCUUCCUUUGGUCUCAUCCCUGAAACUGCCAUCUCCUGCCGGGUCUCAAGUCUCAGAUGGAUCAGACCCUCAGCUGUUGAUCUUCUCGGUGGCGAUGUCUCAGUUAACAUCUGUUAGUGGUUCCUGUUCAGUUUGUCUUUGAGUUGGGUGGAUCAACGGUUAGACAGUCGGCAGGAGUCAACAGCUCCACAGGAACAGGUCGCUGGAACCAGUACCAGGACGUUAACUGGAUGAAACGGAAUGCAGGGGUUCUGUGGAUUCAGCCACUUGGAACAGUUACGUCCAUCUUUAUCAGGUCAUCUGUGUUCCUGGAUUCAUCUGAUUAUAUUAACGUUUUCCUGUUUUACCUUUGGGGUCUGUGUCAACAUUCAAACUUUCUAAUCCAAUCCCUGAUUUUAUUUCGUUACCAUAACGACCAAUAAGUGAGAUUCAAUAAGUGAGAUUCUGGAUCCGAACGGAUCUGAGAUCUGGAGUUGUCUUUAGAUUUAUGAACAUGGUUUCAGUCACUGCUUUACCAAGAAGAUUCCACAGAAACCAGCUGUUAGUACAGCUGUUGUCUUUGAUUGAAGAGGGGAUUAAUGUUGCUGUAAAUAGAAAUCUAAAGGUGUAAAUAGAAGCUUGGAGAGACAAAGUGAUAAACAUAUUAACAGCUUCAGAUAAAUAUAUCGUCUGCAGGGACCUGGAAUGUUAACGACUGAUGAAUAUAAUAUGUAGAAGUACAGAAAAUACUUAGGAGGCUUUCAUUGGUUGUUAAUUAUACAGUUUUUCAUUUGAAACUUUUUAUUUUUGGUAGUUAAAGCUGCAGCAGUAUCUGUUUUCAUUUAUUGAACAUUCAGACCGGACCCCUAAAACAAACCUUUUAUUUGUUCAGCAGGAAUCUUACAGAUUUGACGGUUUUCAGAAAUGUCCUUCUGUUUUUAGUUUCUUUUGAACUUCCUGUGAAAUGUCUAUGGUCUGAUGUCAAAUUAAAGUGUCUUCUGUCAGAAA